CCAAUAUCAAGGGUGAAAACCUAUCAGCUACAUCAUAAUGGCCUCACUGGAUAACUUCUCGCCUACAAAACUCACUAAUAAAAAGGCCACAAUGUCUUAAUUGGGAGUAGAAGAUGAUCAGUGAACAGUCUCUACCACCCACAAGCAUCAUGAAACCUCAAUCAUAUGUUAUUUAAUUAUACCGUAUAAUGCCCCGCUAGAAUCCCACUCUUCUGCAUCUCUUUCUCGCAUUUCAACACAACUAUCACUCUCACAGGCAUUUUCACAAACACCUUGCCCGCAGCCUCAUCUGACCUCACAUUAAAUGGACGAGAAAUGGAAUCCAUCAAAGAAGGAAGGUUCAGGAAGUAGUUACCACCAUUCUUCAUCGUUCAUAAGGAGUGGCUCGACCUCCAAAUCGCCAUUGUUGCGAUGUUCUUCACAGAAAAGCUUCCCAGCUUCCAAUUCCAAGAGCCCCCACGAUCUCCCACGAAGUUACUCGCAGAAGAACUCUUCUUCCAUAGGACGAAAGUACAGCAGCUUAGCCAAGGAACAGAAGGCCCGAUUCUACAUCAUGAGACGCUGCGUUGCAAUGCUCGUCUGUUGGCACAAACAUGGCGAUUCAUAAGCAAAACAAAAAC